AUGGGAGAUGUUGUAAAAAAACGUAUAAAAGUUUUGGAUGAAGUGCAUGGUAUCAAUGAAGUAGAAAUAGUUGGUGAAAGAAAAAAGUCACAAAGAAAAAUAACUGAUUAUUCACAAAUAUGGCAUGAAGAUGAAUUACUUAAAGAAAUUAAAAAAAAUGAUCCAAAUGAUGCUUGGAAAGGGCUAGGAAUUCUGAAUAAACAUGAAGGAAAAAAAUUUUCUGGUUUAAAUAAUAAUGUAACAUCAGUAAUUCUGGAAGAGUUGAAAACUUUGGCUUGUACUCCAAAUGAUUGGGAUGAUGUGG